AUGACCUCUCCCUUACCCAAGAUUCGCAAAAGCGCGCCAACCUCGGUUGCAGAAUUCUCCAUCCUCCCGCUCACGCUCCCCACAUAUCCCGGCCUCCCAUCCUCAUGCACCGAUGCGAAGCAUUACCUCUACGUCAAGGCGCACGCACCCGCCAUAUGCACCGAAUCCACCGCACGCUCGCUCUUCCUCGCAAAUGUCCCGAUCGACGCCUCAGAAGCGAAUCUGCGCGCCCUCUUCGCGGAGCAGCUGGGUGGUGCACGAGUCGAAAGUGUAGAGUUCGAUGCCAGCGUUCCGGCGGAAGUUUCGCAUAAGCAUUUUAAGGUGAAGGAAGUGGAAGAAAAGGAUGGGAAGAAAGAUGCGAGACCUGAUAGGGGGACGAAAAGGAAGAGAGAGGAGGGGAAGGGGAGGGCGAUGGUUGCAGAAGGCGUGAUAGCGGAUGGAGAGAGUGCGCUGCCGCGGAUAUGGAGCAGCGCGGCGCGAAAGAGCGGAUCGGGCGCUGUGGUUGUUUUUCUGGACAAGGCGAGUAUGCGAGGCGCGCUGAAAGAGGUACAGAAGGUCGUAAAGGACCACGCAGCAAUACACUGGAAGGGCGGCGAGGCGCUGGGCGUUGAACGCUACAGAUCCCACCUCUCUCUCCUCCAUCCACCACCUACCCUGCUCUCCUCCACCACAAACGCCUACCUCACUCAAUUCGACGCCGCCGCCUCCCAACGCAACCGCGCCCUUGCACACCUCCGCUCCGUCCCCGACGAAGACGGCUUCGUCACCGUGACCCGGGGCGGCGGGCGCAGCGCCCCGGCUGCCAGGCUCGAGAUCGCGCAGCAGAAACAGUCUGAGCUGGAGGACAGGAAAAGGAAAAAGGGUAGUCUGGACGGCUUCUAUAGGUUCCAGAACAGAGAGAAGAGGAAGGAGGAGGAGGGGAGGUUGAGAAAGCAGUUUGAGAAGGAUAGGAGGAGGGUGCAGGAGAUGAGGGAGAGGAGGGGCAAGCUUAGGCUGGAGAGCUAA